AUGGAUAGUGUUUGUUCAGAACAAGAACACAAGUUUCAGUCCGCUCACCAACUGUACCUCGCCAGCAAGAAAUCCUUCCGGGACCUCGACAUCCCACCUCGCAAGCUUCUCAGUCGUCGACUUGCAGCUUUAUCUUCUGAACAAUCCAUGGAUAUGUACAAUCAGCUCCAACACCAACAAAAUGACUCCCCUAGAGUCCUUCCUGAGGAAACCCUACUCCAGAAAUUCCUCCCUUACAAUUCUGGUCAAGAUGAUGACUCUGAUCCCUAUUCUUCUGAAGAAUUUCGGAUGUACGAGUUCAAGAUUCGGAAGUGUACUCGUAGCAGAUCCCAUGACUGGACUGACUGCCCCUUCGCUCACCCUGGUGAAAAGGCUCGCCGGAGGUGUCCCCGUCGGUUCAAUUAUUCUGGUAUUGUGUGUGCGGAUUUUCGCCGGGGAAGUUGUGGCCGAGGAGACAGCUGUGAGUUUGCUCAUGGGGUUUUUGAGUGCUGGCUUCAUCCUUCUCGCUAUCGUACUGAAGCCUGCAAAGACGGGAAGAAUUGUCAGCGGAAGAUCUGCUUUUUUGCACACACUCCUAAACAGCUCCGAUCGCUGCCGGUUGAGACGGUUGACUCGCCGAAAAAGCAUGGAAACUCCGGCCAUUGUGUUCACUGUCGCUGUCAUCCAGGUACCCAUCACUCAAAUUCCCCAACCUCGAUUCUCGAUCUAGACAAACUGUCUCCACCCUCUUCGCCCCCAUUCUCUACGACGCUGCUGGGAGUUGGGUUUUCUCCGGUGUCCCGUUUUUCUGACAGGUUAGGCCGCACGGAGUCAUCUGGAAUGACUCAACUUGGAAACUACGGAGAUUCCAUGAACGAACUCAUAGCUUCUCAGUCGAUAAAUGAACUCAUGCACUCCAUGAAGGCUAUGAAUAUGAAUGCAGUUGAUCAAGCUCAGAAUACAAACCCGAUGUGGAUGGAUUCUUUUGCUGGUAGUGAUGAUCAACAGUCAUUUUUUGUUUUCUCUCCUUCGACAUUAUCCCCGUGUGCAUCCGGGUCACGUCGUGCUUUUACCAGAGAAUGCAAUCUGGGCAUGAACAACCUCAAUGAAGAGAGGGCCACUGGUGGUCCGGAUCUUAACUGGGUGAAUGAUCUUCUCACCUAG